UUCGGCAGGAAUUCGACAGUAGCAUUCCGCAAAAUAAAUACAUUAGUUUUAUCAUGGAAAGACAAGAGGGUUGUCACGUGCUUGACAAAUUGGAACAAUGCAGGAAURACUUCUGUGAGAAGAAUGUUACGAGGUGGUGUUGAAGUUACGGUCAAGAAGCAUAAUGUCGUCAUAAAUUAUAUAAAAUAUUUGGGUGGAGUCGAUCGUGCAGAUCAAUUAUGCGDAACGUACUGUUUCUUACGAAAAUCCUUGAAAUGGUGGCGUAAACUGUUUUUUUGGGGACUUGAAAUUUGUUCAGUAAAUUCAUAUUUGCUUUAUAAAAUGACAAAAAAGCAGAGAGGAGAAUAGUCGCUUUGUCACUUGAGGUAUGUAAAAACCUUAGUUCAGCAAUUGACUGGAGAUUUUCAUUAAGCACGUGCUCGCGCUUCAAUCUCAACGUCCAGAUUUGAAAACGAAUGCUUAAAUGGAAAGCUGCAUAAUAUUCUAACAGGAGUUAGGAAGGAUUGCAAAGUCUGCUCUAAACGAAGUAUACCUGGCAGAAGACAUCAAACAACGUACUAUUGUGAUACGUGUCCCGAURAGCMRKGCAUGCAUYUUGGCAAUYGUUACAUAAAAUAUCACACAAAACAAAAUUACAAAGAAUAAUGUUAAAAAAAUUAUCCUUGUAAACAUGUAAAGAUACAUUGAGAAUUAAAAUAUAAAAGUUGUGUACGUUAUUUUGCGUGUGUAAUCAUUUUAUGUUAGCGGCAGUAAAGUCACGAAAAGCGCUACUAAACGUCUCGAGUUGCUGGUAGGUCCGCGCGGAAACGGCUCCGAGUGCAAAG